AGUGAGCCACUGCGGGCGGUCAAACAGCUCAUGCAGCUGUCGUAUCGUGUUCUUUUAUGUGAUGAAUCAUUGUGUUUAUUGUGAUUUAUUGUGUUACCUGAAGUAGUGUAAGAACACUUUUCGGAAUUUAGGUCCAGUAUUUCUAGUUUCACUAGCGUCAAUUAGUAUUCGACGUGCAACGCAGAAGCACGUGAAAAUAUUCUAACGAAAAUAUAACUAAAAAUGGAAGAAAACCAAGCGUCUCGACAUUAUGUGGACGAAAAGGGUUCGAGGAGUCGAAGAAGUCGAUCGAGCAGUGUUAAAAGUCAUCACCGCCCGGCUAAUCGAUAUGAAAUCGAGCCGGAAAAGGCGAGUACGAGUCGAUCGGCAAAAAAAAUUGAAGUCCGGUAAAGAAACCGACGUACUGGUUAGUGGGAAUUUCUGAUACCGUAUCAUCAAAUUUGUGACCGUUUUUUCUGCGCUUAUUCACAUUGUGAAGUGCAAGAAGUGCGACGGUGACAUAACGUUUUCGGAAAUGAGUAUUCGUGGACUCGGUUUCAAGUUAGUGGUGUCGUGUGACUUGUGUGAACCAACCAUAGUCAAUUCAAGUCCUCUCAUUAAUGACAGGGCGUACGACAUAAAUUGACGAAUCGUAUUCGCGUUUAGAUUAUUGAGAAUUGGUCAGAAAGGAAUCAAUAAAUUUUGUGGCAUCAUGGAUUUACCGAAAGCCGUAUAUCACUCGUUUUGCGACACCGUUGUCAAACAAAUUCUCACCGCUGCAGAAAAUGUGUUUAAAAUAUCGAUGGAAAAUGCUGUGAGAGAAAAACAAAAAUUACCAGCAGAGAUGGAAAAAGGUCCAGGGUUGACUGUUUCUGGCGAUGGAACUUGGCGCAAACGUGGUUUCUCUUCGCACUAUGGCGUAUCGAUGAUUAUUGGAUACUACUCAGGAAAAGCGAUGGAAGUAAUAAUUCAAUCUUCUAACUGCAAAGCUUGUGAGUAUUGGAGUAAAAAUCUUGGCACCAUUGAAUUCGAGCUGUGGAAAGAAGAUCAUAAUGAAGAAUGUGCCGCCAAUCAUGAAGGGUCGGCUGGAAAAAUGGAAGUCGCCAGCAUAGUGGAAAUAUUUUCAAGGUCAAUGGAGAAAUAGAGACAGAGAUUCAAAAACGUGUAAACGAAUCGUUAAUGCCAAUCCAUACAAAGAAAAAGUGAUGAAAAAAGAAUGCAUAGGUCAUGUGCAGAAAAGAAUUGACACACGACUUCGUACAGUAAAAAAGAAAAAAGCGGUCUUGGAGGUAAAGGAAAGCUAACCGACAAGUUAAUCAACGAGCUAACAGUAUAUUACGGUCUGGCUAUUCGAAGAUUCUGCCAUUUGAAAGAUGAAAUGAAGAAUACGAUUCGGGCGACAUUCAUGCAUAAAAUCUCGACCAAUGAAAAUUUGCAGCAUGAUAAUUGUCCUCUGAGAAUUGAUGGGUACUUUAGACGAAUAUGAGCAUAAGAAUGCACUAGCUCAAAUAGUCCAAGAUACCAUUCGACCUAUUUAUGAGGACCUCACUGCAGAUGAUUUGUUAGAAUGGUGCGAAGGAGGCUUCACGCAGAAUAAUAAUGAAAGCGUCAACUCCGUCAUCUGGUCAAUGGCUCCAAAAACGAAUUCCAGCGGUGCAAAUAUCGUCCAAAUUGCCACGUACAUUGCUACCAGUACUUUCAACGAUGGGUAUAAGAGUAUUCUUCCGAUGAUGAAUGUUUUAAACUUAACAGUCCGAGAUCGCAGCUACAGUUAUUGCACUACAGUAGACGAUGAGCGCUGCGCUACAGCAGACACUGGCGCUCAAAAUGGUUCUAAGGAAGCAAGAAUAGCACGAAGGGAUAGUCAAAAAAGGGUCCAGACUCUUAAUCAGCUACCGAAGAAGUCGUCUAUGGUCCAGGGAUCGCUGAUUGAAGAUGUACCAUAACCGAGUACCAGGUGGGACAAGGACCACGCGUAUCGUGUGGAGGACCUCCGCGACAACCAACAUCACGGCGCCAUUUUUUUAAUAUUUGCAAAUAAAAAUUCACAAUGUUAUUCUUGAAACCCUUUAUGAUAUUAAGUUGAAAGAUAAAAAUAUUCCGGCCCAUAGUUUUGAAUUUAUGAAUUAAAAAAAAAAGUGCAUUUUUUAGUCCGCCAGGGUGGCCAGACGCCUUAACAAAACCUACUAACCUGAUUU